ACCCCCGGCUGGGGGGGGUCUCGUCCCCGUCCCCAUUGCGGGUGGGGUUGUAUUUGUAGGGGGGAGGGGGCGGUCGGGGGACAAGAGCUGCGCCAUCACUGGAGACCCCACUGCCGCCCCCUGGUCCCGCGUUUCCCCGUGUGAACGUGAUGGACGCAGAGGGGGGGCCCUCCAGCCCGGACCCCCCCCGGGACCCUGCGAGCACCGCCACAGCCCAUCCCGGCAGCGAGGCACCGGGUCGCCCCGCAAAGCGACGUCGGAAAGCAGCAGCAGCGCAGCCCAGGAGCGGAGCUUUGGGGCACCCGCGGGCUUUGGGGCCGUUGGAGGAGCUGCUGGGGUUGCGGGGCGGCCGCCUGCGCCCCACCAUCUGCGGGGAGUGCGGGAAGGGCUUCAGCCGCAGCUCGGACCUGGUGCGGCACCGCAUCACCCACACCGGGGAGAAGCCCUACACCUGCGGGGCCUGCGGGAAGGGCUUCAGCCAGAACUCCAACCUGGUCACCCACCAGCGCAUCCACACCGGAGAGAAACCCUACAGCUGCGGGGCCUGCGGGAAGCGCUUCAGCGAGAGCUCGGCGCUCAUCCAGCACCAGCGGACCCACACCGGGGAAAAGCCCUAUUGCUGCGGGGAGUGCGGGAAGCGCUUCAGCGUCAGCUCCAACCUCAUCCGGCACCGGCGAACCCACAGCGACGAGAAGCCCUACAUCUGCGUGGAGUGCGGGGAGGGCUUCCGCCACAAAUCCCAGCUGCGCCGGCACCAGAAGCUGCACUCGGCGUAGGGGGGAAGCGGCUUUGGGGAUGGGGAUCAUCCCCAUCUGCAUCAUCCUCAUCCGUGUUCCCAGGAUGGGGACUGCGGGGUGGGAGUGCGGUGCUGGACCCGGCCCCCCCCCCUCCUCUAGAAACCCCAAAAGCCCAGAGGGGGAAAGCGGGACGGGGCGUUGGAAGAGGGAACGCAACGGGGAGGUCGGGACUGCAGCCCAAACCAAUAAAAGGUGCUGGAGCUGCACUGCCUGGCUGGGGUCGUGGUGUUGGGCAAGUGAUGGGGCUGCGCUCUGCAUGGGGAGGAUCAGGACGGAUGGAUUUUCCAGUUCUCCCAGUUGGAGAGC